AUGGGGACAAUGCAAUUUCGUGGAGAUGUUGAAUGGGAACAAAACAUUGCCGAAAGCGAUGAUGACGACUUUGAAGGAGAUUAUGAAAGUGAUGAGGAUAGUGAUGAUGAUAGUUUGGAUGACGACACAAAUGAUAAGGACUCUUAUUUAUCAAACUCAGUGAUUGACCAACAUAUGUUUGGGGCUCCAUCAUUCAUGCGUGCUUUAGAUCUUAAUGCUAUGAUUGGACUACGAAGUUUCGAGUCUGAAUCAAAUACGUUUUAUUGUAAAUGCGUCAAUUAUGACAUAGAUUGUGAGUGGCUUGUUCGAGCUAGUUUGAGGAAGAACAAGUAUUUUUGGAAAAUUAAAAAGUAUAACAGGCCACAUAGUUGUACUCGUGCAAGGAUUUCACAAAAUCAUAGAAAGUUUGGUGCAGAGACAAUUGCAGAAUGUAUUAAGCCAAUGAUUGAAUCUGACCCUUCUUUUAAGAUAAAAUUAGUGAUUAGUGAAGUUCAAGCUCGAUAUGGAUACACAAGAACAUAUCGGAAAGCAUGGAUGACAAAGCAAAAAGCAAUUAAAAAUGUAUUUGGUCAGUGGGAGGCCUCAUAUGAAGCCUUACCGCAAUGGUGUAUAGCAAUGUGUGAUGUUGUUCGAGGAUCAGUUGUUCAGUUGGAUGUUGUUCAAGCUUAUCACAAUGAUAAUCAGGUUCUUGAUGUUCAAAUAUUUCAUAGAGUUUUUUGGAGUUUUGGUCCUUGCAUUAGAGCAUUCAGACACUGCAAACCACUUGUGCAGGUCGAUGAGACACAUUUAUAG